GGCCCAAAUAGAGAUCCCCAAAAGAAAUUUUUAAAACCCUAAUUGAGAGUUCAGAGGAAACUUGGGGACGUGCCGUGCUUUGUAGAGAACAAGAUGGCAUACGGUAUCUGUAGAACCCUAAUUGCAUUCUCCUCCAAUACUACUGCAUUUCGCCACAACGCCCCCAUCUCUAGUUCCAUUUCUCUCCUUUUCUUCUCUUCUUCUACACCCAUCAAAUCAAAACCCUCCAUUCCCACGCUCGAUUACUUGAUGAAUCAACACCAAUUUUCUCCCCAAGCUGCUUCGAAAGCCGCAUCAUCAAUCCCAUAUCUGAAGAAUCCUAAAUGCUCUGAUUCCAUACUUUCAUUCCUCAAAGACAACGGUUUCUCCAAAACCCAUAUUGAAGAAAUUCUCAAAAAGGCACCCCAUGUUCUCUGUUCCAAUCUUAACAAAACCAUCAAGCCCAAGCUCAAGAUUGUUCAAGACGUGGGAUUUUCCCAAACUGAAAUUGCUGAUGUAUUAGCUGCUGAUCCUUGGAUCUUUAAUAGAAGCUUGGAUAGCAGACUUGCACCAUCCAUUUCAGCGUUAAAGAGUGUUUUAGGAUCAAGUGCUGGUGUUUGUAAGGCAUUAAAGGUUUCUUCUUGGUUUUUGAACGUGAAUUUGGAGAAGACUAUGAUGCCCAAUAUAGAAUUCCUUAGGAAUUGUGGGGUUAGUUCGUCCCAGAUAAUUAAUUUUGUUUACAGUUUUCCUAGAUUUUUCUUGAUUAAGCCUGAGAGCAUGAGGGAAUUGGUUAAAAGGGUUGAUGAAUUGGGAGUCAGUAGGGAGUCCAAGAAGUACAUUUAUGCUGUUCGAGCGCUGAGUUCAAUGUCAAUGGAGAAAUGGGAAAACAAACUAAAGCUGUUUAGGAGCUUGGGAUUAUCAGAAGAUCAGAUUUUGGCCUUGUUUAGGAGGGCACCUCAUGUAUUUGCUAUAUCUGAGAUGAAGAUUAAGGAGGUUAGUGAGAUGUUACUUGGCAUAGAGAACAUAGAUGCUUCUUUUAUAGUUGAACACCCAGAUUUGCUGAUUCAUAGUGUCAAGGGUAGGCUAGAACCCCGUCUUGCAGUUUAUGAGAUUCUUGAAAGUAAGAAUUUGCUUAGAAGAAAACCUAAAUUGACUACUCUUUUCAAAAUUUCACCACAAAAGUUCCUGGCCAGAUAUGUUAUUCCUUAUUCAAAUGAGCUAGGAGAUGUAUCUAUGGUAUUUGGGACUCAAAGUUGAUGAUUUUCAUGUUUUUCAUUUCAAGGAUCAGAGUGAGGUUGUUGCAUUUUUGUUGUUCUUUGGAAUAAAAUAGCCCAUACUUGCUGAUUGAAGUUAUUUAUCAGAUUUUGUUUUUUGAUCACCAAAUGCUAUGUCCUUAUUCCUUAAAUAUAUUGUUCUUUGUGAAUUAUCAUCCAGUUGUACAAAUUAUGUUGACUGCUGACUCUGAACAAUCUUCAUGCACAGGCUCCUUGUCAUUAAAUCAUUAACUUGAGUUCAUGUCUGACAAACUAUUCAAGUUAGCUUAGAAGUUCAAAUUCAAUGUUGCAAAAUUUAUAAAAGGUAUCGUGUUACUCUCUUUUUAAAGUUUUGCUUGGAUUGUUUUCAGAAGAGAAGGUUUGUUGGGAGUACUGUUGAUGAUGUGUGUGACAGGAUUUUGAGCUUUGUUAAACGUUGUGCUUCACUAUGGCAAUAGAUUUGGCAUUAACUU